CAAUAGAAACUUCGCCACAAUUAUUUGGAUCGCUUCUCAAUUUUAUCGGUCGACCGCCGGUUGUCUUCUUGAAUCUUCUCCUUGUUCGUGAGACCUGACUGCAAUCGGGUGUUCGUGUGUAUCGGGUGUUCCGGUGUCUGAAUGACUGUGCCGGGAAAGGCGAAGUGAACCGACUGGAGGUUGAUCUGGACCGACGGCGCAUACACGACAUUACAGGAGAACAGGAUCAAUUUUCGACGCAGCGACCAUGGCGGAUGAACGCAUGAGGCAAUAUGAAGAGCAGGAGAUCAGACGCCAUAUGCCCACAAUCCGCCCUCGGACUACCACAGCGCCGUGUACUGAAUACACUGCUAAAGAGAUCCGGGUGGAGCCCAAGGACUUGACCCCUGGCGAGAUUGCCAAAAUGAAGGCCACACGGCGUGAGGAGUUGCAAGCGCAACGGCAAGCCAAUGUUAAAUUGAAGGAUGAGCUGAAAGCCCUCCGGAUUCAACUCCAGAGGUACGGGCCCAAGUCCAUGCGACAUCUCAUUCGCAGCUAUGGCGAAAGCUCCAUUGAGCCGCUCAAGAUCCUCUUCACGGGACCAAGCGGUGCGGGAGUCACGUCCGUGAUUCAUCUGAUUGAGCGUGCCCUGCGCGAUGUUGAGGGUCCAACUGACGCUCGUGCAGGCGUGCCAACGCAGUACUUCACCGAGCACCUCACCGACCUCAACUACAUACGCGCCUUUGACUGCCCACCCAUGGAGUAUGCAAACACCAGCACAAUAAUGAACACACUGAUCAGCGUCCUCAACGGCAAUGUGCUUGCCGGGGAGAAACUCGACCCAGACAAACACGGAGUGGAAGAGGAAGAUGAUCCGUAUCCGACUACUCUACGCGCUUUCCAUGACCUCUUCAAGAAAUGCCUGGCCGUUGUGUUUGUUCUUCCGUUCAACAUGCUGAUCGAUAGUGAAAAGAGGCGGAUGCUCAGUGACCGCUACGCAGAAAUAUGGCCGUACCUACACAGAAAAGGCUAUACCACUGGCUGCAUUGUCACAGGAGGUGAUCACCUGGAUGAGGAGCAUCCCCGUGCCCAACUGGAGGGUUUCGCCAAGCGGGUCUUAAACGCACCGGACAAUGACGACUUUGUCAUUGUUCUGGAGAACUACGAGACCUACUCGCCAAUCAAAGCCCUGCAAGGUGUACGCUACCCGCAAAAGGCCAACUAUGUAGAGGAGAUCCGUGCCCUCAAGUUCCUGUGGACGAUGGUGGGCCGUUGUGAAGUGAAGCUCGAAGAUCGCAUUGCAGAGGCCAAGAUCAAGGCGGAGGAUGCUCCCCAUUCCUCAGACAGCCGUGAAGGUAUUCACCCCGACACACACAUCCGCACGUUUCUGGCACAGCAGAACAAGUGGAACCAGUGGCGAAAGGCAGACCUCAUCUUCAUCUUCCAGAUCGCCGAGAUGUUCGCCGAACGCGACGUGUUCAACUUCGCAGGGCUACGUGCCUGCUAUGACGACAUGUCGGAUUUUCUUGCCGAGGGCUCCAGCAUUCCUCUUAAAAUCCGCACUGCUCUCAAGGUGGCUGUGGAGGGCAUGUCCAAGUCCGGAGCUUCUUCGGCAUAUAAAGAAAUGUAAAUUCAUGCAAGAAUCGUCAUUAGAGCCGUCCACUUUCCUGCAGUUGUCUUUUUUAAGUCUUACCAAAUAGCUGGUAUUGGAUGGGAUUCCUUUUUCAGCACUUUUUGCAUGUGUAUUCGUACCAAUUUACCCCAAACCCUGUAGAAAUGUGUAAUUACCGCCACGAAGGCAUGAACCUAUCUCAAGUAUGCUAUUUUUGUUUCAUAUUGAUGACAGUUGCCGCUUGGGUUUUUUUCUUCUUUUCUUUUCUACAGACAGUGAGAUAGUAAUUCGACUUUAUUUACUGCACCUCACCUGUACCUUUCUCUGUUCACGAUGGCGUGUUAGUAAAAUUGUUUAGACCGUUUUCGCGCAAUUUCACUUCGAAUCUAUGCACUUUUGGUAUGGCAUUUCUCCGCUGUUUCCCUCUGUUUCUCGUCUUUCAAAUUUGUUUCGGUUCUUCCUGUUUUGCUUGCUGCGUUUUGCUAAGGAUUUGCCGAACGCAUUCACGUGCAAUUUCCGCUUUCCGCUAUCCGCUUCUCAUUUCCACUUUUACUAAUUUUUGUGUACCCACUUACAAGUAUAUGUAUGUACGUGACAUGUACAUGCACAUGUAUAUACGUGACAUGUAUAUAAAUUAUACAUGUACAUGUACCCAAUGCUGUAGACACGUAUAUACGUGACAUGUACACACACAGAACUGUAAUACAUUGUAUGGCCACUCCUGUGGAAGACUUUUAAAAAUCCUGAUCUUCUGCUGGUCACUUUCCCCGGACUUUCUCCUUUUUCAAAAAAUAAUAGCAGUGGCGAUGUGGGGGCUUGGCAAUGGCCUUUGCUUCUUUGAAGACUGGAGUGGAAAGUACUGUUCUAUCCCAGCCGCUGCCUGGUUU